UGUUAAGGGGGACAGCAGACCAUGCAUGGCCUCACACACACACACACACACACACACACACACGGACAUAAUGGUGCAGACAGAGUAGUUGUGCAUGUGACCACUGCCACAUAUUCUCCAUAUCUGCUCUAGUAAUAGAUUACUACUUGUUCAUUCAUUUUUUGAAUGCUAAGUUUUACUCUGAAAACAUGGGUUGCUCCUCAUCCAGUGCACAGAAUGUGGAUCAAGAGAAAAGACCAGGCACAAAGCCUGAGGGGAGCAAUGGAGAUACAGUGGCUGUUCGAAACGGCAUCAUUGCAGGCACCAUCGAUGACCAGACGCAGUUGCCUGUGUGUGCCUUAGCAGAUGAUCUUCAGCUGCACGCUGAUGAUAGGGUGAAGGCUGUGUUGGUGGUAAUGGAAGCUCAGGAGGAUCUGGGCUCUGGAGAAGACCUCUUGGCUCAUUCUGAACCACAACCAGAACCUGUUAACUUUGAAGAGCCAGGUUUAGUUGCUGUAGAAGAAGAAGAAGCCUCAGCUGACUCUGCAUCUGCUGGUUUUAUAGUAGAAGGUGUAGUGAAUGAGGAACAUCUGAUGGUCGAACCGCUUUGUGAGGCAUCAGGGGAGAUUCUUGCUAUGCAAGAUGUUGACGCGGUGCAGGCUGUAGAAGAUGAUGAAGAGAUGAAGGUUGGGGUCGAUGCUGAUACUGCAAAGACGGAGGUUUCUGAGCUAGAAUCUGUUGAAGUGAUGAAGUAUGAGGUACCCUCUGCAGAAGAAAUGAAGGUGGAGGGAGAAACUGUUGGAGUUGUUGAACCAGUGGAGGCUGAGAUCCCUGCUGUUGUAGAGAAGACUGUCCCAACUGGGGCCUUUCCUGAGGAUACCAACCCUGCUGUUGAACCUGUGGGAGCUGUUCCGCAGGAGGCAGUAGCCGAGGUCCCUGCGGAUAUGCCUCUUUCUUUUGAAUCUCCUAUGGACAGUUCUCCACAACUUCCAACAUCAGAAAUACCAGUGGGAACUCCUGCUCCACACGAGGUGGCACCAAAUGAAACAAUACCAAGUGAAGAGUCCACUGUUGAAUCCUCAGCCCCCACUGAAGGUGUGGAAGCUGUGAUAGAUCCAGGGAUCGCAGUGGCAACCAUUCCAGAGAUGCCGCUUUCAUUUCAAGUUACAGAUGACAUGCAAGCUGAGCAACAACCUGGGACUGAAGAGGACAACAAAGCUCUUAUGAUGCCCUCAGAAACUUCCUGUCCCACCAAAGUCACCUUCGCUCAGGAGUCUGCCUCAAUAGCUGAAAAUACAGACUUGAAGGUCCCGGUGUCUUCACCACUGCUUUCAGAAGCUCAACCAACUUCUGGAACAGCUCCAUGUUCAGUGGAAAGUGAUGGCGGCGUACAAGUUCCUGCUGCUGAGCCCAUACAAACAGACACUGAAGCAACUCUGACGCCAGUUGCGGCUGGUCAAGUCUACGAACCCUUGUCAGAAGGCAGAGGACAUUCAUCAAAGUAGACCUAAGCAAGACGCAAAGUGGAGGGAAGAAGAUACGGCAUCAACAUAAUAACACAAUGAGUAUCACCUUAACAGGUCUUAGAAAAUGUUGACAAGAUAGAUGACUAUGGCUAUGGCUGAAAGAUCUAUCUUGACCCAUUUUUUGGCCACUUCAAAGUUCUGUUUGCAGUCCUCUGUUGUAGCCAGAUUGCAGAUUGUCGUCAAAAGUUCUUUUUUCAGGUGUUUAUCGUGAUCGCGAAGACCCUCUACUGUUGCCCUUGUCCACUUUUUUUUGCCAAUCCUGUCUUUUCCAGGUCUGUCAUGUGUGUAGGACUGAAAGGCUUAUCCCCCGAUAGCAGCCUUCUUUCCAAUCUUCUUGGUUUUGAGUUGUCAAUUGAGGUGUAGCUUAGAUGGUAAGUGGCCUUCAAGAACCUUGUGAGCGUUUUCGCCAGCAAAUGUAGAGGGUGUGUGUGCUCUCUCUUGCGUUAUGUACUCAAUCACUUAGAUAUUUUCUUUCGCUGUCUCCAAUUCGUUAUUUAUUCUGGCAACAACAUAAAAGAGCUCGCAUAAGGCUCCCUGAGGCACUCUGCAGACCAAUUCCAUUUACAUAGAUAUGUGAAACAAUGACAAAUAAAAGUACCUGGCUACAACAUACACAAACACAAACAAGAAAAUAAAUAUACAAGCUCCUUGUUAGCACACUGCGUCACAAAGGGCCCCGUCCCCCCACUAAUGAAGCUGCAUCACCACAGAAAACCCAACAAAGUCACUCUUCAGAAUAAAAAAAACAAUUUAAAAAGUAUUAGUUAUAAAACAUAGAUAGCACUGGUAUCAACAAAAAAACGUUUUCCAUCAGACUUCUGUGAGAGCAGAUGGAAAAUAGACCGACCGUGAAGCGCACACGCCAGUGCAGACUAAAUUGGACACUUCACAUGGGUUCCACCUGUCAGGUCUGCAGUGCAGGGACCCAGUAGGGGGUGCUCAUUCUCCUUAACAAAACAUUUGUCCCCACAAUACUUAACAUUGGUCCUGUACAUUAUAUAGAGUUUAGAAACAAAGUUUUAUGAAAUAAAUAAAGUUUAAAAAUAACAGCCGUAUAAUGAAAAACAAUACUUUAAAGACAAACAAUGAAUGGAAUCAUUCUCCCCAGCUAUACAAAGAAAAUGACGAUCUUUGUUUUGAGGUCGCUAUCGUGACAUCAAGUAGAGUAUGGCAUAGAAAACGUGUUUAUGAUCUUGUAAAUAUGUUGUUUUUUUUAACAGUAUUAGAGGCUUCUAGACAUGCAAUAACACCCCCGUAGUCACCUUUACAUUCUUAUUACACAAUAUAGUUGACAUAAUCACCGAAAAUAAGGCAUUUAAGACAUAAAUGAAACGUGUACUCAUGUGUGUCGCAGUAAAUGUCUUCCCGAGGAGAGCUUAGUGGCAGGCGGACAGAUGUGUGGAGGACAUGAAGUGAUGUCGAGGGUUCGGAGUUGAGUUUUAGCUUGUUGUGGGUUAUGGCUGCAACCGUGGCCCGUGUUAUUAUUAUGAUUAUGUUAAUAAUGCCAUUAUUAUUGUGCCUGUUGUGAGAUCAUUUAAACCUGCAAUAAAAGACUGUUGCUCUGGCGAUCAAGUCUGGUGUCAAUUGCUGACACCUAGGGACCAAUGUAGAAUACUACACUCACAAUUAGAAUGCGUCUUAUGCCUUGUUUUUGAUCAUUUAGUUUAGCCAUUUUUAUGUUUGAAAAUGCUUAGUGUAGGCCAAAAAUAUGUAAAAUUUGCUUAAAUAGGCAUUGUUUUUAACCAAUAGGCCAUAUUCAACCACAAAACAGCCUGAUUUAUUCACUAAUAUAUGUUUGAAACACCGUGAUAGAGUGAAGCAGCAAAAUUCGAACCACAAUGUGGCGAGGGACGACUGUAUAUUGAAAAUGUGUGUAUAAAUAGCGUCUCACAAAAGCGAGUACACCCCUCACAUUUACAAACCGUACAUCUUUUCAAGAGCGACUAUUACAAAAAUGAAGUCUGGAUGUACUGCAGAGUAGUCAGUGUACAGCUUGUAUAGCAAGUGUCAUUUUUCUAAUACGUCUGGAGAGUAUUUGUUGCAUUGUUUUAGUUGUCUUCGGCAUAAAUUACACUUAAAUUUGCUGUGAGGUUUUGUGCAGUUUAAGUUUUGAACUGAAAAUGGUCUACUUUUGUCUCAUGUGAGGGCUGAAAUAACAUUUUGUUUGACCUGGAUGAAUGAGAAUAUCCACAGGCAAGAUUUUGUUUAGUUUUAAAGGAGGAAUACAGGUGCACUUUGUUUUUAUUAAAAUUUGUAGUCAUGGUCAUUUCUGUGUGCCAUGCUUUUCUCACUGUUUUUAAUAUUUGUUCAUGAAUGAUUUAUUGACCAACAUGUUUCCAUAUGUGAGAAUAGGGAGUGUCAUGUUGAAAUGAACUGGUUGAGGAUUCGGUAUCCAAAUGUCAUAUUGAGGACAUUGCACCCACUCAGCAGCAACCAAGGCAGUGGUGUCCAUUUUUCUAUGACUAUUGUUUAUUGUCUACAGCAGGGGUGGCCAAACUGCGGCCAGUGGGCCACAUCAGGCCCGCCAAGCAUCUUAAUCCGGCCCACCGGGCAUUUCCAAAUUCCUUUUUUUAAACCUUUAACAUCGAAAGUGUAGCCGGCAACAUGACUUGCAGUGCUAUUUUGGCACGCUUCAAUAGUCAGAUGCAAUCUGUAGCUUGUACAAAAAAGCAAUCCAAACAACACCACACAUCAACACACAAAGUAAUCUACCCACUGCACCAUAUGGGCAUACAAAUAAAUAUCUACGCACAAUACACAUGCCAAAAAACACCCAUAUGUUCCCGCCGCAAGGCAUGCUGGGUAGCCUGUGGUAAUCUCUCCUUAAAUUGCCCAACUGUGUUUGCAAAAUAUGUUGAGGAAGUCGUCAGAGAAGUAAACGAGGAGUUAACAUACUCUUGAUAGCUGAUGUUUUAUUCUUCAUAGCUCAUAUUGUGGUUGCAGAUGGACUACCCAGCAUGCCUUGCGGGCAUUUGGAAUUAAGUUUAAAGUUAUGUGUUAUGUUUAGCGCUUAGCUGUUGUGUGUCACCCACGUAGUACGAGUAGUUGAUUUAUGGGAUGCGUUAACUUGCCGUGGAUGUGUUGUGUUUCACUUUUGUUGCAUUGAGAGCAGGUAUGUCGCUCUGUUUGAUGACCACAUAUAUAGACGGCCCCUCCUCCAAAUUUUUUAACCCAAUGUGGCCCGUGAGUCAGAAAGUUUGCCCACCCCUGGUCGACAGUAUAGUGCACAUAUUUGCCUAGUGAGCUGUGUACACUGUACAAGUUCAUGUAAAUCUAACACAACUAACGUAAGGUGAUGAUUAAAACUGCAGACAUGCUCACUGCUAUAAAUGCCUGAUUUUUUGGGGGUCUGUAAUAAAGAAUAUUCCUUCUAUGAGCUUUGUAUGUGAUUCUACCAAGUGUAAAGGAUAAAGUUUUUCCCACUCAUCUGUGAGUGUGCAUACAUUCAUGGAGGAAAUGUGGAAUGUGAGAGAAGUCGUAUAAAACAUUACAAUUUUACGACAAUAAAGCUGUAAUAUUACAAUAAAACAGUUACAUAUGAUGAAAAUGAAAAAAAAACAACUUACAAGACUUAAGUCUUAAUUUUACUAAAAUGAAGUUGCAAGUUGUGUAUUAUUAUAUUAUGCAGGUGUUUUUAUUACUUA